UACAGUAGUAGGCUUUGCAGCACACAGCUGUGCGGUUUGGAAAAACCUCACUGUGUACACACUCUGUUGCUAAAGUAAUACAAGUUCUGCUCUAACAAUGUGUGUGUAUGUAUGCGUGUGUGUACGUGUGCGAGUGUGUGUUCUCUCCAGUUCUCAUCAGGUGUGUAUUCUACCAGUGGACAAUCCAAAAGUUGUCAGUACUCUCUCCAGUGCCUCUCCACUCCAACCCAUCAGGACAGUAGCAUGCAGUCCCUCUUCCCCAAGCCCAUCUACUCAUACAGCAUCCUGAUCUUCAUGGCUUUGAGGAACAGUAAGACAGGGAGUCUCCCGGUUAGUGAGAUCUACGGGUUCAUGACUGAACACUUCCCCUACUUCAAGACGGCUCCAGAUGGAUGGAAGAACUCGGUCCGCCACAACCUGUCUCUGAAUAAGUGCUUUGAGAAGGUGGAGAAUAAGAUUGGCAACUCUUCCCGUAAGGGCUGCCUGUGGGCCCUCAACCCAGCCAAGAUAGAGAAGAUGCAGGAGGAGCUACACAAGUGGAGCCGCAAAGACCCCCUCACUGUCCGCAAGAGCAUGGCCAGGCCUGAGGACCUGGAUCGCCUGUUGGGGGAAAGACCAGAGAAGCUGAAAUCUUUACCUUCUUACCACAACCAGAUCCCACUGGCAAUCUACAACCCUACCCCUUCCUCCUUCACAUCCCAGCCUCGAGAGCCCAGUCGCCCUCUCCGAUGUCCCCUCUACCCCCACGUCCCCCCUCCCUCCCUGUCGGUCAACCAGCACCCCCGCUACCUGCCCCCCACCACCCCCCACCCAUUCUCCUUCUACUCCCCCUGCGGACAGCAGCCUCCAUCGGGUAUCCCCCCCAAUGUGGGUACCCUGGGUUCCCCCCUGGCGGGGCAGACACCCCCCACAUCUAGCGCCACCAUACAGGCAGAGUAUGACGUUGGGCCCAGGAGCAUGCAGGAGCUACAACUAGAUGGAGAUGCUAAUAACGAUAUCGACACGCUCAACCCCAGCUUGACUGACCUGCAGCUCCACGGUUACUUGUGGGAGGAGCUGAGAGAGGACAGCCUGGCUCCAGAUUCGCUGGUGGUAAUCAGCCCCUCCCCGUCCCCCUCCUCUUCCCAGCCAACACACCUCCUCCUGGGGUCCAGUCUGAGGAGCACCGGUCCUGUCAACCAGACAUCAGAGUUGAUCUCCGUCGGGCUGGGGAUGGAAGAUGAGGAAGAUGAGGACGAGAUGGGAGGAGGAUGUGGAGGUCCAUCAAACCUCCUUAUUAAUGGACAGUACCACACAGCCUACCCAGGUGUGGAGAGCUUGGCUGGUUACCUCACUUCCAUGGGGAACACCCCCAUACCUCUGCUUUGAAGCCAAGGAAUAGGGAUCCCUUCGUGGAAUAGCUCACAAAGACCUUCCCCCUGGACCUCCAGGACAACUCAAAACUGGAGUUGUGAAGGUCAAAACGUAUCACAAAGGGCUCAGUUUGAAAGUGAAUGUAGCAAUGAAACAGUGACAAUAUUGUGCACAUUUUGAUCACAAUCAAACGUCAUGUUUUGCUUUGCUUUGAACAUGCAGAGCACAUUGACUCAAUUUGUCUACAAUGAGCCUGAAUAGAAUGUGUGAGUAUGGGUUCAGGUUUUAUCAUAACCGUGUUAAAAAUAUGUUUUUAUGGGUCAAAGUCAAGACUUGACAUUCAUGAGAAUGAAUGGAUCCAAAAGCUCAUGACACACCUGACUGUUCAGUGAUUAGGAGUAGAGUGCAGUACCACCUAACUCCACACAAGAUGGCAGCAGAGAGCUGUAGUGACCGGGACUUAUUUAUUGGAACGUUAGAGUUGUAGACAGAAAUACAGCGCUGAUGACAUUUCUUCCUUAUUCUACACGACAGAGAAGCAAAUCUGUUCUACACAAUACAUUUCUAUGUUGAACAUUCUGUGAAGUCGCAUUCUCCAGAAUAAGCCCCCUGGUGUGAUAUGUUCCCACUAUUGCAACUUGCAUUUUAUACAGUUUGUGGUGACAAGAGAUGAUUCAAGCCAUCUGUUUUUUUUAGCUCAAAGCUAAUGAAAUUAAUUACAAAAUGUGUCUUAGCAUAAUUUCUGAUACGAAACAGGGAACAUACUCACUGUUUACUCAAUUCAUUUUCUUUCUAGAAAUAGUUUUCAAAGCUUUCUAGCUAAAUUACCACUGAAGAUGGAAGUCAAUAUCAAGGCACAGCCAGACAACUAUUCUCAGGCUUCCCCUGGUUCCUGCAGGCCCUAUCUAAUAAUUUAGCUUCCAUAAUUAGGAAAAUUGAUAAGGUGACAUCAGCUUACCAGUUACAUUUUUCGAGAGUGUAUUUUAGUCAUAGCAUGUGUGAAAAGGUCAUUUUUCUUGUAUGACUUAACUGAGUCAUCUGCUUGAACUCAUUCAUUAAUUUAUAUUCUAGUCUAGACAAUUUGUUCUGUGUCUAUCUAUGCAAUUCCUUUGUUCUAAUUUCUGUCCAUCACAGAUCUAUCCAGUA